AUGCCACCGCGAAAGCGCCCGGCGCCGCCGCCGGAGGAGCCCUCCCCUUCCUCGAAGCCUCAACCUGACGCACAGCCGUCCGAACCCUCCAAACCCUCCCCCGAUUCCGAGCAGCCGACCAUCUCGGCGACGAUCCUCGCCCAACUGCCCUCCCAGGAGCGCCUGGCAUACAAGCUCAUCUUCGAGGCGGGCAACAAGGGCAUGUGGAUGCUGGACAUCCGCAAGAAGUUGUUGAUGGGCCCCAACAUCGCCACCAAGGUCGUGCGCACCCUCGUUACGCAGGGGCUCAUCAAGGAGGUCAGCGAUGUGCGCCACCGCAGCAGGAAGAUCUUCAUGGCCACCGACUUCCAGCCCUCCGUCGAGAUCACCGGCGGCACCUGGUACCACAACGGCCGCCUGGACACUGACGCCGUAACCACUGCGCGCCGCUGCUGCCAAGCGCAGGUCGAGAGGCUCGGCGCCGCAACCGCGCAGAUGAUCCACCACGGCAUUCUGAAGGACGAUCCGAGGGCCGGGUACACUAUCGACAAGAUCAGGGAUAUCAUCAAGACCAUGGUUCUCGACAAGGUCCUCGAGGAGGUCAAGAGCACCGGCACGGGGGAGUUCACGACCGUCAGGGCCGGCACAAUGUGCUACCGGCUGGUGACUGGGGCUCCGCAGGGAGGGAUGAUGGAGGGAAUUCCUUGUGGGGUUUGCCCCAGGAUUGAUGAGUGCUCGCCGGAGGGGAUCAUCUCACCGAGCACCUGCGUUUACUACAAGAAGUGGCUGCAGAUGGACUUCUAG